AUGUCUGACGAAGAAGAAGUUUACUCCGAAGAAGAGGAGGAGGAAGAUGAAGUCGUUGAAACAUAUAGGACGACAACCACUACUACCACCAGAGCCGAGGAAGGAGCGGGCGAUCCAGAAUUCAUCAAGCGCCAGGACCAGAAGCGUUCCGACCUGGACGAACAGCUGCGCGAGUACAUCACGGAAUGGCGCAAGCAACGCGCCAAGGAAGAGGACGACCUGAAGAAGCUGAAGGAAAAACAAGCCAAGCGCAAGGUCGCCAGAGCCGAUGAGGAAAGGAAGAUGGCGGAGCGCAAGAAGGCAGAAGAAGAGAGGCGCGUGCGUGAGAUCGAAGAAAAGAAGCAGCGCGACAUCGAGGAGAAGAGGCAGCGUCUCGAGGAAGCCGAGAAGAAGCGCCAAGCCAUGAUGGCCGCCAUGAAGGACCAGAACAAGAACAAGGGGCCCAACUUCACCAUCACCAAGAGAGACGUCACCACCACCCUUAGCGCUGCCCAGCUGGAAAGGAACAAGACCAAAGAGCAGCUCGAAGAAGAGAAGAAAAUCUCUCUUUCCAUCCGCAUCAAGCCUUUGAUCGUCGACGGUCUCAGUGCAGAAAAGCUCCGCGAGAGGGCGCAAGAGCUCUGGGAGUGCAUCGUCAAACUGGAGACAGAAAAGUACGAUUUGGAAGAGAGGCAGAAGCGUCAAGACUACGAUCUUAAAGAACUGAAAGAGAGGCAGAAGCAACAGUUGAGGCAUAAAGCCUUGAAGAAAGGUCUUGACCCUGAAGCCCUCACCGGAAAAUACCCGCCCAAAAUCCAAGUAGCCUCCAAAUAUGAACGUCGUGUUGACACAAGGUCAUACGGUGACAAGAAGAAGCUAUUUGAAGGAGGUCUUGAAGAACUCAUUAAAGAGUCCAGUGAAAAGUGCUGGAAAGAAAAAUUCGGCCAAUUCGAUUCCAGGCAGAAGGCGAGACUUCCCAAGUGGUUCGGUGAACGUCCGGGCAAAAAGUCCGGAGACCCUGAGACUCCCGAAGGCGAGGAGGAGGGCAAACAGGCCAUCGAUGAGGACGAAGACCUCAAGGAGCCCGUGAUCGAGCCCGAGCCCGAAGAGGAGGAGGAAGAAGAGGAGGUAGAGGUGGACGAGGAAGAGGAAGAUGACGAGGAGGAGGAAGAGGAAUAG